AUGUAUUAUAACAUUAAGAAUUACAUCUACAUCAAAAAUAUCGUAGCUGAAAUAAGAGAGACAAUAGAAACAUGCACAACCUGGGCAAGAGUUAAGAUACAUAAUUAUAAAAAUAAUAAAAGGAAUAAAAUAGCAGCAAAUAAGAAAUUCGAAAGAAUCUCCACAGAUAUUUACGGUCCAUUCAAUAUAAGAGAUUUUAAAAAUGAUUGUGUGAAAGAGAUGGGGCAUAUCCUGUCUAUAACCGAUAUAUACACAAGAUAUACGAGAUUAUAUUUCUUCGAAAGGAUAACCAGCAAUGAUGUGAUACAAUCCCUUGAGAGCUGGAUUGCAGAGUUUUGUCCACCAAGUUACGUUAUCUCCGACAACGGAAAACAGUACGAUAAUAAAAACAUGAGUGAAUUCUUAAAAACCGAAAUGAUUGAGCAGAUUCUUGUUCCUGAAUACACGCCUAGCAGUAAUGGCAUUUCAGAAAGAUUAAACAAAACGAUAUCUUUUACAUUAACUAUUAAUAAGGGAAAACCUAUCAGAGAAGUCGUCUCCAGAACAGAGGAAGUAAUCAAUAUGAACUACAAUAGGUCUAUUGGAACAUCUCCCGCAGCAUUAUGUACAGGAAACGAUUUUUAUGAUAUAUUAAGCACAUAUAAGAAAAGAACGAGUAAACAAAAACAAGAAACAUUUUUAAUCAACCACAAGGUAGGAGAUUGGGUAUACAAAAGAGUAUUUAAUGCUAACAAAUUGGAACUACAAUAUGAGCCUUUCAGCAGGCAGAUACUUGAGAUAGGGCAGAAAGGUUUUGGUUUAAACUAUCAGACGACUAUGGAUGGACGCAUGUCAAGAACGUAA